GGCUCCAGAGGGGUUAACACUGAGCCAAAACUAGGUCUCUGGACCGCAGUGAUGAGGAAACCUCGGAGGAGGUCCCGGCAGAACUUGGAGGGGAGACGUUCUCCCUCACCCUACACCCUCAAGUGCUCACCGACUCGGGAGACACUGACGUACGCUCAGGCCCAGCGGAUCGUGGAGGUAGACAUCGAUGGGCGUCUUCAUCGCAUCAGCAUCUACGAUCCCUUAAAAAUCAUCACAGAGGAUGAGCUGACAGCCCAGGACAUCACAGAGUGCAACAGCAACAAGGAAAACAGCGAGCAGCCCCUUUUCCCUUCCAAAUCUAAGAAAACACCUUCCAAAGGCAAGAAGAAGGAGUCCUGCUCCAAACAUGCACCAGGGACAUCUUUACACUUACCCCAGCCCAACUUCCGUGUGGUGGACUCUUUCAGUCAGCCACAUGCUCCUCCUCUCCCCGCUGCCUACUACCGGUACAUUGAAAAGCCUCCCGAGGACCUUGAUGUAGAGGUGGAGUAUGACAUGGAUGAGGAGGAUCUGGCCUGGCUGGAAAUAGUCAACGAGAAGAGAAGGGAUGAUGGUUAUGGGACAGUUAGUGCUGACACUUUUGAGCUGCUGGUGGACCGGUUGGAAAAGGAGUCGUACCUCGAGAGCCGGAACAACGGGGCUCAGCAGUCUGUCAUCGAUGAGGAUGCCUUCUGCUGCGUCUGCAUGGAUGAUGAGUGUCACAACAGCAACGUCAUCCUGUUCUGUGAUAUCUGCAAUCUGGCUGUGCACCAGGAGUGUUACGGCGUGCCCUAUAUCCCUGAGGGGCAGUGGCUUUGCCGCUGCUGCUUACAGUCCCCUUCUCGUCCUGUGGAUUGUGUCCUUUGCCCGAACAAAGGUGGAGCCUUCAAGCAGACCAGCGAUGGCCGCUGGGCUCAUGUGGUUUGUGCCAUCUGGAUCCCAGAGGUCUGCUUUGCAAACACGGUGUUCCUGGAGCCCAUUGAAGGGAUAAAUAACAUCCCCCCGGCUCGGUGGAAGCUCACAUGCUAUAUCUGCAAGCAGAAGGGCAUGGGAGCUGCUAUCCAAUGCCACAAGGUGAACUGUUAUGCUGCCUUCCAUGUCACCUGUGCCCAGCGGGCUGGCCUCUUCAUGAAGAUCGAACCCAUGAGGGAGACCAGCAUCAAUGGCACAACGUUCACCGUGCGCAAGACUGCCUAUUGUGAGAGUCAUUCCCCACCUGGAACCGUGAAAAAAGGGUCUCCAGCUGCUAGUGGUGAGGGACAGGAGGACACUGUGAAAGAGGAGGGGGAGGACAAAGCCAAUUGCAGCCCUCCCAAAGGGUCUCUGAAAAAGAACCAAGUGAAAUUGAAGCAGAAGAUCAAAAAGGAGCCUGGUGCUGUGACCAAUGGGCGCUCGUCUAUGCCUAUGGUGACAGUCGCACAAAUCCCCUCUUACAGGCUGAACAAAAUCUGCCACGGCCUUUCCCUCCAGAGGAAGAACCAGUUCAUGAGGAGGCUCCACAACUACUGGCUGCUGAAGCGACAGGCGAGGAACGGGGUGCCCCUGAUCCGGCGCCUGCACUCACAUCUCCAGUCUCAGAGGAACGCGGAGCAGAAGGAGCAGGAUGAGAAGACCAGUGCUGUGAAGGAAGAGCUGAAGUACUGGCAAAAGCUGCGGCAUGACUUGGAGCGGGCACGGCUGCUCAUCGAGCUGAUCCGUAAGAGGGAAAAACUCAAACGGGAGCAGGUCAAGUGUCAGCAGGCUGCAAUGGAGCUACAGCUGACCCCUUUCAAUGUACUUCUACGCACAACUCUGGACCUGCUGCAGGAGAAGGAUGCUGCCCAGAUCUUUGCAGAGCCUGUUAACCUAAAUGAGGUUCCAGAUUACCUGGAAUUCAUUUCCAACCCAAUGGAUUUUUCCACCAUGAGGCGGAAGCUGGAGUCCCACCUGUACCGAACAUUGGAUGAGUUUGAGGAAGACUUUAACCUUAUAGUUACCAACUGCAUGAGGUAUAAUGCUAAAGACACGAUUUUCCACCGAGCAGCUGUCCGGCUCAGAGACCUUGGAGGAGCGAUAUUGCGUCAUGCACGGCGGCAGGCUGAAAACAUCGGCUUUGACACUGAUGUGGGGAUUCACCUGCCCGAGUCACCCAAAACCGAGGACUUUUACCGCUUUUCUUGGGAGGAUGUGGAUAACAUCCUCCUCCCAGAGAACCGGGCUCAUCUCUCCUUGGAGGCCCAGCUGAAGGAGCUGCUGGAGAAGCUAGACAUGGUGAGCACCAUGCGAUCCAGCGGUGCCCGGACACGACGCAUCCGGCUCCUGAGACGGGAGAUCAACUCCAUUCGGCAGAAACUGGCCCAGCAGCAGAACAAAACCAUGCCCAACGGGGAGCCUGUGCCGUGGGAAGAGGGGCUGGAUAAAGCAUCGAGGGAAGGGGAUGAGGAAGGGGAUAAAGAUGAUGCCAAGCCCCCGCACCCUCCAACCCUGGAGCCCACAGGACCUGCGCCCUCUCUCUCAGAGCUGGACUCUCUGCAGGACCCUCCAAUGCUCAAACCCAUCAGUGAAAGCAAGUCCUUGAAUCAGCUGCAGAAGAGGGUGAUGCCGGACAGGGAGCUCUUUGACAAGAAGGCUCUGCAGCGGGAGAGCCAAGCCUUCCAGCGCCUGCUCAGCGACAACGGCCUGAACGGACUGGCCUUGCCGCCUGCAGACACCCCAGCCAGCCCCCCGUUCAGUGGUGUGGGCCGACGGACAUCUGUCCUUUUUAAAAAAGCUAAGAACGGGGUGAAGCUGCAAAGAGGCCUGGACUGCUCCCUGGAGAAUGGGGAGGACCAUGGGCAGAGUGGGCAGCUUUCACCCUCGCGCCCUGAUGGGGAACGACAAACUCGGAAGCGGCCGCAGAGCAGGACCGGCAGCGAGAGCGAUGGAGAGAAGUCGCCCAGGCAGGCAGGACAGAGAGGAGUGACUAACGGCUUUGUGAAGCAUGCAGAAAGCAGCUCUGACUCUGAGUGUAGCACUGGCCGGGGCGGUGCGCUGGUGUUUGAAGCCUGCAGUGGUUUGAUGCCUCCCAAGCGAAGUCGAGGCAAGCCAGCUCUUUCUCGGAUGCCCUUCUUGGAAGGCGUGAAUGGAGACUCCGAUUAUGGCAGCUCAGGCAGGACUCUCCUGAUGUCCUUUGAGAGUCAGGCUGAGCUGGAGCCCUUGGAGCUUGUGUGGGCCAAGUGCCGUGGCUAUCCCUCCUACCCUGCCUUGAUAAUCGAUCCUAAGAUGCCGCGCGAGGGUUUGCUCCACAAUGGAGUCCCCAUCCCAGUCCCACCCAUGGAUGUGUUGAAGCUGGGGGAGCAGAGGCAGACAGAGGCAGGAGAAAAGCUCUUCCUUGUCCUUUUCUUUGACAACAAGAGAACCUGGCAGUGGCUUCCGCGUGACAAAGUCUACCCCCUCGGCGUGGACGACACAGUGGACAAGUUAAAAAUGAUGGAAGGCCGAAAAACCAGCAUCCGCAAGUCUGUGCAAGUGGCAUAUGACCGAGCCAUGAUCCACAUGAGCCGUGUGCGGGGAGAUCAUCCCUUCGUUACGUCCAGCUAUCUGUAA